GUUCACAUAUGUGUAACACUAAACCAUACGAAGCCUGGUGUUGUCGAUGAGUUCCUUCGUGAACUGAACAUGGCAUGUGAGGAUCUGAUUUCGAAUCCGGAAUUCAGCCAACAGUCGAGAACUGCUGCCAUCUACGGUAUGGCGUCUGCUGUACCGGACAAUUCAUUGGUGGAGGAAGUGUCCCAUAUGUACCUGGACAGCUGUUACGCAAUGCCACCGCCACCAGCCGGUCGUACUCUGAGCGCUGAAGGCAGGAAGAUGAGUCUACUUCCAGGACAAACUCUGCCAUCGUUCCUGAACGCCUCCGCAAGCCCCACCUAUUCGGAGCCUUAUUCACAGAAAGAAAGUUUUAGGCACUAG